CACUUUUUCUCCUCGGCGCGCUAAAGGCAGUCAAAGCGGCGGGAGAUCUGUUUAUGUAUCCUAAUGUUUUGCUGCAGCUGUUUAUACUACAACUAACCGUAUUCUGUUCAUUAAGUCGUUACAAAUAAGCUUACAGUAAGUUAAACGCUCAGUCUGUUAGGAAAGAGUAGUAACGGUGUUCUCCUUGUUGUUCGCGGUCGUGUUGCUUUGAAAGCUUUCCCCGGUAAACUGCUUUGAACGGUUGUUUUACUGUUAGCUUCGUUGUAGCCUCAACGCUCCACAUAAGCAACAAUGGCUAAGGUGCAGGUGCUUAAUGUGGCGGUACUGGAUAAUCCCAGUCCGUUUGGAAACCCAUUCCAGUUUGAAAUCACAUUUGAGUGCAUGGAGGACCUCCCUGAAGAUCUGGAAUGGAAGAUUAUCUAUGUUGGCUCUGCAGAGAGUGAAGAAUACGACCAAGUUCUUGACUCAGUUCUGGUCGGACCUGUCCCUGCAGGGAGACACAUGUUUGUGUUUCAGGCUGAUGCCCCAAACACUGGACUAAUCCCUGAAAGUGAUGCUGUGGGUGUUACUGUGGUGCUAAUUACCUGCACAUAUCGAACCCAAGAGUUCAUUCGGAUUGGUUACUAUGUGAAUAAUGAAUACACAGAUCCAGAGCUUCGUGAAAAUCCACCCAUCAAGCCAGACUACACACAGCUUCAGAGAAAUAUUCUGGCAUCAAACCCCCGCGUCACCAGGUUCCACAUAAACUGGGAAGCCUGCGCUGAGCGAAUGGAGGACACUGAAAAUGUGGAUCCGGCCUCAAACUCCAUGCUCCCCCCAUCCUGUCUCCCAGGAAAGGCUCCUCCCCUGGGGAUGCUGCCAGAAAACUCCAUGGACUGCUUAUAGAGACAACCCUGAUAAUUGUUAGUGAUGAUCCGAGAGGUGACAAAACACGUCAUGGAACCUGGCAGCAGAAGAAUAUCUGCAGACAUUCUGUUUUGGAUGUAAAACAGGCUGCUGUGCAGGUGCACUUAGUUCACUGAGGCUUUUUGUAUCAAACGAACUCUCACCUUGGGCAUCAGAUGUGUAUUUGGACCAUGGAAGAGUAAGAACAUCAUUGCUAAUAACUGGGGUGUUUCUUGCCGUGAUGCUAAAAGCAAUAUUAAAAUAGUAAAUACCCACAGGAAGAAUACAGUAGCUAUGAAGUAUUGCAGCUGAACUGAAACAAAGCAGAGGUAUCAGGAUUUAUACCCUUUCAAGAAGACUUCAGCACUGAAGCAAUAGGCAACUUAAUUGCAAUAUAUUGCUGAACAACAAAAGCAUAAUCUGCCAUUUUAUUUUGUUUCAAAUUUCUUGUGCACUUAAGCCUUUCCCCACGUUGGUGGUGAAGGUUUAGAUGGCUGAUAUAGGCUGUGUCACUUACUUUUUCUUUUUUUUCCCUGUAUGCUAUUUUAUGUUCCAAAUAAAAAUUCAUUUUGUUAUGUAUCUCUGUUCUACAGCUACUUUCCUCUUAGAAGUACACUUUCAGGAUUAGCAUCAUCUAGUGGUGAGGUGUAUUUUGCAUUUAACUUAGCUAACCUGGGAGUACAAGAAUGUAGGAGUACAUGGAGUGGGUGAAGUGCUCUACACAACACAGUUGAAUUGGCAUAUGGAAAAUAAUAAACAACUUCACUGGGAUGUUUUUAUUUCAGAACUUUACAUCUUUAAAGAGACCUACAUUUUAACUGACCACAAAUUAGUUUUUUGUUGAAAUGCUUUGCAAAAUAUACAAAUCUUUUUCAUGUUAUUACAAAACUCAUGUGGUUAGGUAGGUUUAACAACUCGACAUAUUCAGACUUGGCAGUUUUUAUCUACACAUUCUUCUACACAUCAGGUAGAGAGAGGGUACAUCUGGUGCAAAGCUGUAUUUCGGAUUUUGGAUUGGACAUAAUAAAGACUGUACUUUUAA